AUGAAUAAAAUGGAGGAAGAGUAUAUCGAGAAGACGUUCGUCUACAAAUUUCCGACAUGCACCACGAAUCAGGAAUACACGCUGGAAGUACCGAUAAAAAUACCGUACCAUGGCUCCAUAAAAGAGCUGAUGCACCGUAUAAUGUCGUCGUUUAAGCUACCCUGUUACGUCGAGUCGGACUUGUUAGAAUCCCUGCAGCGUAAUAUUAAAGAGCUUACGCUGCAGUUUCACGAUGAGAAGGCAGAAAAGCUUAUCGACGCCGCCAAAGCGGGCACGCUGGAUUUAGAGGAUAUAAUUAAAAGCUGGGAGAAGAUAUACAAACAGAAGACGGUCGAAUAUUCGGAUCCCAUCGGGACCACCGACGAGGAAUUAUUCGCUGCGGCGUAUCACAGACUGGUGCACUCGCCGUCCCUGGAACCGAUUCUGCAAGCGGAGCAUAAAUUCGGACGAGAUGUCACCGAAGUGAUUCAGAUGAGGGACACCGACUACGAGAACCUCACACAAAAACAAACCGACGAGAUGCGCGUUGCCGUGGAGGCUCUCGAGGCGGGCUCCACGGAGAAGUCGAUAAACGAUAUGGCAGGCCGCCACUUCGAGGAGCAGAGUUUGUUGCAGGGUUACUGGGGAUCCAGGAUCGACGCGUUGAAAUUGGACCAACGGCGGCAGUAUCGGAACUGGAUCAUGAGGCUGUUAGAGGAACAACAGACCAGCAUGAUACCCACCCCGGUUGGCUCGCCUAUGGUGCCGAUACCGCCGUUGCGCCCUGCCUUGGACAAGUUCGUCCACAGCGAAGAGAAACACACGACUGACUACCCGCUGUUGGAAGAGAGUUUCACCAUACACCUGGGCUCUCAGAUGAAGCAGAUGCACAACAUACGCAUACUAACUGGCGACGUGCUCGACUUCUGCCGCACGAAGAACAGCGAGUCCGGGAUGGAUCCAACACCACAGAGGCUGCAAACAGCCCUGGGAUUAUACUCGAACGACCUGUGCGGUCUAGUUCUCCUCAGCGACAACCAUCUGGGCAGUUAUUCCGGUAUCACGAAAGAAUUAUGCUCGAUCUCUCAGUUAACGACGGAAUUCCACUUCCCGCCGAUCGACGAACAGUUGGAGAAAAUUCGGGAGGACGUGAAGGACGCCGUCGCCUGGAGGCAGACGCACCACAGAGAAGGGAACGAGGCUCACACGAAAAAAUCCACGACGAGCAAGAGCUUGCAAACGGGCGACGUGUUCAUCACGAGGCAUUCCAAUCUGGCGCAGGUCCACGUAGUGUUCCACAUGGUGGUGAACGAUUCCCUGAGAUCCGGCGAUAUCAACUCGAGGCAUCCCGCUAUUUUGGGACUGAGAAACAUACUGAAGACGGCGUGUUGCAACGACGUGACCACGCUGACAAUACCCGUGUUACUCGUCCACGAAAUGUCAGAGGAUAUGACGGUCGCCUGGUGUACGAAGCGGGCCGAGCUGGUGUUCAAGUGCGUGAAGGGAUUCAUGAUCGAGAUGGCGUCCUGGGGUGGCGCCGAACUGAAGAAUCUGCAGUUUCUCGUGCCGAAAGGAAUGUCGGAGGAGGUGUUCGGCACGCUGGCCACAAUGUUGCCCAGCAUAUUCCGCGUGUCAAAUCCGUUGGUUUUCAAGGCCACCAGCACCCCGCAAACCCCGAAGAAGUGAACGACCCUGUCCCGCUCGCGUUCUUCGCUCUCUUGCCCGUGUUAUCGUCGCGAGCGCACGCUCGGAAUAAUACUACGGUAUUUAUUACUAUGUAUCGCGCGCGCUCGUACACGCAGACAGCAAUUAUCCGUUCGCGGGCGCGAACAAGAUACGAUUCUGUGAAUAAAUGUCUGGCAUUUAA